GGUCGAUGCUUCAAGAAAGGUCCCCGGUGGUUCUUCUUCUUCACAGGUCAAUUCAAAUUUCUCUUCUGCCCCCCUCAUAUUUUGCGCCCGCUACUCGGUCUUAUCUUUGAUGCUCUCCUCUCUCUCAUAAUGAACGUUACAUCCGCCGCCAUGCCUAAAGCCGCGGCUCUCCCCGCUCGUUUACUGCGGACUUCGCGGCAAUACUCCAAGCAAAGUCCGUCCACCACCAUCCGGUCCUCGACUCCUGUCCGAACCUAUCAUGUCUCUACCGCUUCUUCGAGCAGUAAUCGCCUGCGCGAUGGGACCUGCAGCAAGAAGCAGCCCGCAUUCCUUUCGUCAAGGGCUUUCCAUACAACCGCCCCACUUGCGGCUGUCCCCGACCCUUACAGAGUUCUAGGAGUCGACAAAGGCGCUUCUGCAUCGGAGAUUAAAAAAGCUUACUAUGGAAUGGCAAAGAAAUAUCACCCGGAUACGAACAAGGAACCCGACGCUAAAGAGAAGUUUGCCGAGGCGCAAUCGGCGUACGAGCUGUUGUCUGAUCCGAAGAAACGCGAGAACUACGACCGAUUUGGAUCGGCUGCUUUUGAUCAGAAUGGCGGCUUCGAUCCCAGCGGCGGUAACCCAUUUGGUGGUGGUAACCCGUUCGCUGGCGCUGGGGGUUUCCAUGGAUUCGGCGGCGGAUUCCCUGGAGGAUUCUCUGCCGACAUCAAUUUCGAGGAUCUGUUUGGCGCUUUCACCGGUGGUGCUCGAAGAGCUGGCCGGGGUCGUCGGGGACCCUUCCAGGAGGUUCUCGUUGGCGAAGAUAUCGAGGUGCAGACCAGUAUCUCUUUUAUGGAGGCUGCGAAGGGCACCUCUAAGGAUAUUGUGAUCACUCCGUUGAAAGAGUGUGACACUUGCAGUGGUGGGGGGUUGAAAAAGGGCGCGAAAAAGACCCAAUGCCGUCAGUGCAAUGGAUCCGGCACCCGAGUUCACAUGAUCCAGGGUGGCUUCCAGGUGGCGGCUACCUGCGACGCUUGUGGAGGAUUGGGAAUGACUGUUCCCAGAGGCUCUGAGUGUGGCACUUGUAAGGGCAACGGUGUGGUCAGGGAUCGCAAGACCGUCCAAGUCGAUAUUCCGGGAGGUGUGGAGGAUGGCAUGCGUCUGAGAAUCUCCGGGGAAGGUGAUGCCCCACCCACCGGUACUGCGGCUCCUACUGGCUCCCGUACGCAACGCGGUGAUCUCUAUGUCUCGAUCCGGGUCUCCCCUGACCAUCGCUUCAGCCGCGCCGGGUCCGAUAUUCUUUACACAGCUUCCAUUCCCCUUACCACUGCCCUUCUCGGAGGCGAGGUGACGGUGCCCACCUUGGAUGGCGAGGUUAAGGUAAAGGUUGGGACGGGUACUGGCACUGGUGAUCGCAUUACUCUGUCUGGUAUGGGCAUGAAGAAACUGGGCGGUCGCAGCCGUAACCUCAGCUCCAUGGGUGACUUGCGGGUCGAGUUCAAGGUUGCUAUGCCCAAGUACUUGACCAGCAAUCAACGGACGAUUCUUGAGGUUCUCGCGGACGAGAUGGGUGAUACUACUGCCAAGCGUAUUAUGGAUAUUCCAAAGGAAAAGGAUGAUGGUGCUCCAUCUAGCCCGAGCGCCUCGACCGACGACUCCAAGCACCCUGGUUUCCUCAAAUCUGCUUGGCAGAAGCUUAUGAACCACUCGAAGCAACAGGACUCGAAUCCCAGCAAGAAAGAAAGUGGUGAUGCCAAAAAGACCGACGCCUCCCUUCGCCUUUCCCUUUCUGUCUCUUCUCCGCCUUUGGAUGGGAGCUCCCCGCUCCUUCCUACCAGCAAGAUGGUUCAGUCGCCCAUGAUCUCGUGUCCGCUGAAGCAGACCAACGAAAUUGAUUGGAUUCGACCCCUCAAGGAUUACAUUCGUCAGAGUUACGGUGAGGAUCCCGACCGCUACAGUCAAGAAUGUGCCACCCUCAAUCGAUUGCGCCAGGACAUGAGGGGCGCGGGGAAAGAUAGUGCGACGGGUCGCGACUUGCUCUAUCGCUACUAUGGGCAACUGGAGCUGCUGGACUUGAGGUUUCCGGUGGACGAGAAUCAUAUCAAGAUAUCUUUUACCUGGUACGAUGCCUUUACCCACAAACCCACUUCUCAAUACUCUCUCGCAUAUGAGAAAGCCUCUAUCAUUUUCAACAUCUCCGCCGUGCUCUCCUGUCAUGCUGCCAAUCAGAAUCGCGCCGAAGACACCGGUCUCAAGACUGCUUAUCACUCCUUCCAGGCGUCUGCUGGCAUGUUUACCUACAUUAACGAGAAUUUCCUCCACGCACCGUCGACCGACUUGAACCGAGAAACCGUUAAGGCUAUGAUCCACAUCACUCUCGCGCAGGGCCAGGAGGUGUUUCUGGAGAAGCAGGUUGAGGACAAUAAGAAGGCCGGGCUGCUCGCGAAACUAGCCAGUCAAGCGGCCUAUCUCUACUCGCAGGCUGCGGAGGCGAUCCAGGAAUUCUGUAAGGGGGUCUUCGACAAAGUCUGGUCAAUUGUCGUUCAGACAAAAGCGGCUCAUAUGGCUUCCGUCGCAUCGUACUACCAGGCUCUGGCGGACAGCGAAAGCGGAUCUCAUGGGGUAGCGAUUGCUCGGCUUCAAUUUGCGGAGAAAAACUCGACGGCAGCGCUGGGAUGGGCGAAGUCAUUCCCAUCAUCCGUUUCGCCCAAUACGAAUCUGAGCUCGGAAUCGGGCACCAACUUGCUUGAACUCGUCAAGUUCCAUCUAGCUAAUGUCCAGGCAAAGCUUACGAUGUUUAAGAAGGACAAUGACUUCAUCUACCACCAGCCCGUCCCCAGUGAAGCAGGCUUGUCUGCUGUCGCCAAAUUACCCGCGGCAAAGGCCAUUCCAGUUAGCGAACUCUAUCAGGGCCAAGACAUCCAACGUAUCAUUGGCCCGGAUAUCUUUCAGAAGCUGGUCCCCAUGUCCGUUACAGAGACAGCCAGUCUCUACGACGAAGAAAAAGCCAAGCUUAUCCGAGCGGAAACUGAGAAGGUCGAGAUGGCUAAUGGAGAAAUGGCUGCCAGCUUGGAUUAUCUCAAACUUCCCGGAAGCCUGAACAUUUUGAAAGGCGGGAUGGACCAAGAAAUGGAGGUCGACGAGGAGUUUCGACGGUGGUGCCAGGAGCUUGCUGGCCAUCAGCCUUUCAUCAAAGCGCUGGACGAGCUGCAGGACCGGAAGGUGGAGAUCCUUGGACAACUGGACCAGUGCUCCAAAAAGCUCGACUUGGAAGAAAGCGUAUGCGAAAAGAUGCGCUCCAAGUAUGGUGCUGAUUGGAGUCAGCAGCCCAGUGCAAGGCUUAACACUACACUUCGUGGAGACAUCCGGUCAUACCGGGACACCGUCAACGAGGCCAGCGCAAGUGACUCUCAGCUACUGUCCACGCUUCGGCAGUAUGAGGCUGAUUUUGACGAAAUGCGAUCAGCUGGAGAAACCGAUGAAGCCGAUGUCCUUUUCCAGCGUGCGAUGAUUAAAGCUGGGUCGAAGCAGAACAAGGGGAAAAAUGGCCUUGGUAGCCCGUACGCCUCCACGCCGGAGGGAAGCUUGCUGGAUGAUGUUUUUGAUGAGGGGAGCCCCUCCGUGUCGGAACAAAUCGCGCGGGUGGAAGCCAUUCUUAAGAAGCUGAACCUGGUCAAGAGGGAGCGAUCUCAAGUUCUGAAGGAUCUGAAGGAGAAGGUCCACAACGAUGACAUAUCGAAUGUUCUGAUUCUCAACAAGAAAUCGAUCACUGGGCAGGAAAGCCAGCUCUUCGAAGCUGAACUGGAGAAAUUCCGUCCCCACCAAAAUCGGCUACUUCAGGCCAACCAUAAACAGGCUUCGCUCAUGAAAGAGCUGACCAAGAUCUACGGCGAUUUGUUGCAAGAUAAGCGAGUAAGAUCUGAGCAAUCGAAGUACGAAGCCAUCACGCGCCAACGCAACACGGUGAUGACUCGGUAUAAGAAAGUGUAUGAUGCUUUCAACGGUCUGCUCUCUGGGACAGUUCAGGCCCAGACCUUUUACACUGAGAUGGCCGAGACGGUGGAGAACCUGAAAAAGAAUGUCGAAGCCUUCAUCAGCAACCGCCGAUCGGAGGGAGCCCAAUUACUAGGCCAGAUCGAACGCGAAAAAGCGAGCAGCGCGACAGAGCAGGAGGAUCGUGAGCGGGAGAAAUUGCGGCAGUUGAUGGAACGCCUGUCCACUGAACCCAAGGCAUCCACACCUGCACCGCCGUCAGCAGGGGCAAUGGCUCCCCCACCUCCCUCCAAGGCUAAGUCGCCGCCUCCAGCAGUGCAGACGCCCGCAUACAACCCAUCUCUCGCCUCGCCGAAGAACUCCCCGGCUUUUCCUCCCGGGCAACAGCAUGGUGUCCCUCUGUCCCACUCGCCAGCACCGUAUGGGCAAUACAUGCCUCACGGCGCCGCUGGCAUGCCCUACCAUCCGGGACAAUCAUACCAGCAGGGAGCAGCAGCGCCUCUAUCGGAGGGUUACAACCCCAUGGCCUAUCCCAUUCCACCCGCUGUUUCCCCUCCUCCAGCUCAGCAGUUCUACUCCUCCACUCCUACCCCGUUCAGCAGCUACAGCGGGCCCACUCCCCCUGCAGCCCCGUCCGCCUUUUUACCCCAGGGCUACGUGCCACCCCCUCCGCCCCCUCGACCCCAGCAGACAAACUAUCCUUCUGCUUCAGGCCCCUUCCCAUCCGGUCCCGCCGGCUACGCUCAGAGUCGGCCAUACGGGUCCAGUCAGCACCACAAGGCUCAGUCGCAAUCCUCCCAGUCACAGGGACAGUCGAGCGCCUCAAGUGAUCCCUGGGCCGGACUCAACGCUUGGAAAUGAGCCGCCCUGCCCUUGUUUUCUAGUUGACAUGUCGAUGUACGGGUCAUGAAGUAUGAUAGACGCAUGGAACGAAUCACUGAAAUCUCUUGCAUUAGGGCGUUUCUUUCUUGCAAUCGUAAUGAUCUUAGUUAUUUGCCGGCCCAUCAUCACUGUUGGUCGUUAUUUCCUGAUCUGUUGGUUCCAUCCUUCGUUGUGACUCCUCUUUCAGUUGGUCAGAUCCCAUCGUGUUUCCUAAUUGGGCUUAUCGUCUCUGCUAUCUACUCCUACUGCGCUGCUCCGUUCUGUUGUUAUCCUUUGAGAAUAUGGGGGACAUGACCAUCACCAUGACCAUGAACCAUGAACUAAUUGCAAACAAUCGUCUGCUACUGCAUGUAUAUAACGAAGUAGCGAACCAGCUCAUGGAAAAAAGCGCACAAUGGUCGAGUUCCAGUGGUAGCCAGCAACUGACUAUGCACAUCUGUCCGUAUCCCAG